AUGUCAUCGCAACACUCUUCUGCGGAUCCCCAUGAAAAAUGGCCGAGGAAUAAUGAUCAUGACACGGACUCUAUCGCGGAGACUGUGUCUUCGGUAGAAACCCGGGCCGACCAGGAUGUGCUGGGCAGGGCAUUGACCGCGCAUGUCUCACGAACCUCUCAUAUGUCGCUAUCAGAGCGCGUGACUACAAUUCCCACAAACGCCACCGCUGAUCCCAACUUUGAAGUGGAUUGGGAUUCAGAGGAUGAUCCCGCGAAUCCCAAGAACUGGACGAUGGGUUACACGGCCAUGGGGAUUCUGUUUUUGUCAUGGAACACUCUUAUUGUUGUGCUAUACUCAACAUCUUAUACCUCAGCCACGACGCAGAUCGAAGAAGAGUUUGGCCAGUCUGAAACUAUCGUUACUCUGGGACUGACAUUCUAUCUGAUCGGCCUGGCAAUCGGGUCUAUGUUCAUGGCUCCAUUGAGUGAAGUAUACGGCCGGAAACCCGUUUGCGUGACUUGCAUGGUUGUGUUCACCGCUAUGAUCAUUCCCUGUGCUCUCGCCAAAUCGAUAACGACAUUGAUCGUCGUGCGAUUCAUCGGUGCGCUCUUCGGCAGUGUCAUGAUCUCCACGGCACCGGGUAUGGUAGCCGAUAUAGUAGACGAUGAGCAUCGCGCACUGGCAAUCUCAAUCUGGAGUAUCGGUCCUCUUAACGGCCCAGUUGUGGGACCCGUAAUCGGAGGAUUCGUGACCCAGUAUCUCGGCUGGCGAUGGAUGUGCUGGAUCGUAUUGAUCCUCUCAGGCGUGGGUUUAGCCUUCGCUCUCAUCCUGAAGGAGACCUACGGACCGACUCUGCUACAGGAAAAGGCCGCUCGACUGCGCAAAGAAACUGGUGAUUCUCGCUGGUGGUCCCGCUAUGACCGCAAGGAUAGUCUAUACGAAAUCCUGAAGCUGGCCCUCAGUCGCCCAUUCGUCAUGGCUGUUACUGAGCCAAUCUGUAUAUUUUGGGAUCUCUAUGUCGCAAUCGUUUAUGGUAUCCUCUACCUCUGUUUUGUUGCCUACCCUAUCGUUUUCCAGGAAAUCCGUGGCUGGUCCCUCGGUCUAUCUGGCCUUGCUUUCCUCGGUAUCGGUAUCGGAGUUGUACUCACCAUUGCCUCUGAGCCUCUUGUUCGCCGACUGAUCAACAGGCAUGAAAAGGAUCCGGACACUGGCAAGGUUUACCCCGAGGCCAUGGUCUCUUUCAUCUGUAUCUGCUCCAUCCUCAUCCCCAUUGGCGAGCUUUGGUUCGCUUGGACCUGUGCCCCAGCCUCCAUUCACUGGAUCGUGCCUUUGCUUGCUGGAAUCCCCUUCGGAGCUGGUAACACCGGUGUCUUCAUCUACGCUUCAAACUAUCUCACCGGUAGCUAUGGCAUGUAUGCUGCGUCCGCGCUGGCGGGUAACUCGGUUGUCCGGAGUAUCCUUGGUGCAGUGCUGCCGCUCGCUGGCACAGCUAUGUACAACAGCCUUGGUCCGAAUUGGGCGGGCACUUUGCUCGGAUUGCUGGAAGUGGUUAUUAUCCCGAUUCCGUUUGUGUUCUACAAGUAUGGACACAAGAUUCGACAAAAGAGCACUAUGAUUAUGCGCAUGCAGGAGGAGAAGAAGAAUGUGGAAGGCAAGAGGGCGAGAAGAGUGGCUCAGCUGGCUGCUGUUGCUGAGGAGAAGAAAGCCGAGGAAGUCUGA